AUGUCAUUUAACGAUUUAGAAAGGGGCAUAGGAUCAACAAAGGAUCGAAGACAUUAUGGUGGUGUCUCACCUCUUGGUGACGAGGACUCACAAUAUAAAACCUUGAGUAAAACUAUAUCCCAACAAGUUUUUGAAAUUACCAGUAAUGUGGCGUCGAUACAAAGACUAGUCAGUUAUCUCGGAAGUGCGAAAGAUACACCAGAGAUAAGAUCUAAAUUACAUUCAUUAACAGAAAAAACACAAAGACUGGUAAAAGACACAACUGGAAAUCUCAAGACGCUUACACAUUUUGAGGGUACUAGUGGUCAAAACCGUCAACGCAAGCUUGAACAACAAAAACUUUCGAAAGAUUUUCAAAAGACGUUAACAGAAUUUCAGAAAGUACAAAGGCUUUCAGCAGAAAGACAACGGGAAUAUGUUGAUAAAGCAAAAGCGCAAAAUGUCCGAAAUGAUAUAUAUGAUGACGAUGACGCAGUUAUUCAUGAGGCGCAACCCCUUAUAAAUGACAAUCAACGACGACUUCAAUUUCAAGUCUUAGAUAAUGAGGUUGAAUAUAAUGAAUCAUUAAUUGCAGAACGUGAAGGUGAAAUAAGAGAGAUCGAACAGGGACUUAAUGAAUUGAACGAAAUUUUCAGAGAUUUAGGAACACUAGUGACAGAACAACAAACUAUGUUAGAUAAUAUUGAAAGUAAUGUGACAAACAUUUCUGUAAACGUUCGAAAUGCAGCAGAUGAAUUAGGCAGUGCUAAUCGACUUCAAAAGAAAGCACGCAACC